UUUUCACAUACGAUAUGAAGACCUCUGCACUGACACUGGAAAAUUUAGCCCUGAGAGUAGAUGCUGACUGGGCGAUUCGCAUCAACUGAAGAGAGACACGACUUCAUCAGAGAAUUUAUUGAGAAGGAAAUCUGUGAGAAUCCACGGUUUAUCAUUGGUGGAGCCAACAGAACAGAUAUCUGCCAAGGAGAAUUAGGUGACUGCUGGUUCCUAGCUGCCAUUGCCUGCCUGACACUGAAUAAAAAGCUGCUCUGCAGGGUUAUACCACACGACCAGUCCUUCAUACAAAACUAUGCUGGCAUCUUUCACUUCCAGUUCUGGCGCUAUGGAGACUGGGUGGAUGUCGUCAUCGAUGACUGCUUACCCACAUAUAACAACCAGCUGGUCUUCACCAAGUCCUCCCAGCGCAACGAGUUCUGGAGUGCCCUCCUGGAAAAGGCCUAUGCAAAACUCCAUGGGUCAUAUGAAGCUUUGAAAGGAGGCAACACGACCGAAGCCAUGGAGGACUUCACCGGAGGAGUCACAGAGUUCUAUGAGAUAAAGGAUGCCCCUAAAGAUAUCUAUAAAAUCAUGAAACAUGCCAUUGACAGAGGAUCCCUCAUGGCCAGCUCCAUUGAUGAUAACCUGGGCUUUUCCUAUGGAUCAGCUCCUCGGAGCGACAUUGGGGAACUGAUUGCUCGAAUGGUGAAGAAUCUGGAAAACGCGCAGAUGACUCACUCCACUGUAGACUACCAAGGGACAGACGAGAGGCCAGCCUGGACCAUAAUGCCAAUGCAGUACGAAACUCGGAUGUCUUGCGGACUUGUCAAAGGCCAUGCCUACUCUGUCACUGCCGUGGAAGAGACAACAUUUAAAGGGAAAAAACUCCGUCUGGUAAGACUGAGAAACCCCUGGGGGCAAGUGGAAUGGAAUGGACCUUGGAGUGACAAGUCAGAAGAGUGGAACUUCGUUGACGAAGCUGAGAAAAUCCGCCUGCAGCACAAGAUCGUGGAGGAUGGGGAGUUCUGGAUAUCAUUUGAAGAUUUCAUGAGGCACUUCACGAAACUUGAGAUCUGUAACCUCACACCUGAUACUCUGGAAGCAGAUAAACUCCAGACCUGGACUGUGUCAGUCAACGAAGGGCGCUGGGUGAGGGGCUGCUCGGCUGGAGGCUGCCGCAAUUAUCCAGAUACAUUUUGGACCAAUCCCCAGUAUCGCUUGAAGCUCCUGGAGGAAGAUGAUGACCCCGAGGACGAAGAGGUUAUCUGCAGCUUCCUUGUUGCACUGAUGCAGAAAAACAGGAGGAAAGAACGCAAGCUGGGAGCCAACCUGUACACCAUCGGCUUUGCCAUCUACGAGGUGCCCAAAGAGAUGCACGGUACUAAGCACCACUUGCAAAAGGAUUUUUUCCUCUACAAUGCCUCCAAAGCUAGAAGUAAGACCUAUAUAAACAUGCGGGAAAUCUCCGAGCGCUUCCGGUUGCCUCCCAGCGAGUACGUGGUGAUCCCAUCAACAUAUGAACCCCACCAGGAGGGAGAAUUCAUCCUGAGGGUCUUCUCAGAGAAAAGAAGUCUUUCAGAGGAGGUUGAAAACAUGAUUGAGGCAGACCGUCCAUCGAAGAAGAAAAAGGGCAAGCCUAUCAUCUUUGUUUCCGACAGAGCAAACAGCAAUAAGGAGCUGACAGCAGAUGAAGAUGCUGGCAAAGAUGGUGAAAAAACCCAUGCAGAUGAGAAAAAGCGCUCUUCAGCAAAAGCUCAUGACAGGAGUGAAGAAGAAAAGCAGUUCAGGAAUAUUUUCCGACAGAUUGCAGGGGAUGACAUGGAGAUCAAUGCUGAAGAACUCAGGAACGUUCUCAAUAAUGUCGUAAAAAAACAUAAGGACCUAAAGACAGAAGGAUUUGAACUGGAAUCCUGCCGCAGCAUGAUUGCUUUAAUGGAUACAGACGGCUCGGGGAAGAUAAACUUCGAUGAAUUUCGACACCUCUGGGACAAGAUUAAAAGCUGGCAGAAAAUUUUCAAGCGUUACGACACAGAUCACUCAGGAACCAUUAACAGCUACGAGAUGCGCAAUGCGGUCAAUGACGCAGGGUUUCGGUUGAACAACCAGCUCUACGACAUCAUCACCAUGCGCUACGCCGACAAGAACAUGAACAUCGACUUCGACAGCUUCAUCUGCUGCUUCGUGCGCCUGGACGCCAUGUUCAGAGCAUUCCACGCCUUUGAUAAAGAUGGAGAUGGCAUCAUUAAGCUCAACGUCCUGGAGUGGCUGCAGCUCACGAUGUACGCGUGACACCGGCCCCAGAGCCCACCUUCAGCGAGACAACGCUCAAGGCGUCCGUUUUGGGCCACAAGCUUCAUUCAUCCCCAGCGCAAACGAGCAUUUCCUAAUUAGGUGCUUCACUCGCCGAGAUAAACAGCGCCUGGGAAGGAUCCCUGGGAAAAAGAGAACCCUACUCCGGCAGACAGAGCAGUGCCCACCUUCUCUAACUACUUUUCUAACUCCCUGACAUUUUCUCUCAGGCAACAAGGAUUAAUUUAUUGAUGACUGAAUUAAGCUUUUUCUGUGUGGCAACGACACGGAGCGUACACGGGUUAUUGUGCUGACGCCUGGAAAAGCCUUCCCUCAAGUCAGGCCAAGCUGGGACUGGAUUUGAACUGUGAAAGUCAGAGGUGGUUACCACCACCUUGUCAUUAGUCAUUAAGUCUUUGUCCUGCUUUUGAUACCAUCCAUUUCAGCCUCUUCAUCAUGUUGAUUGAAUAUUUGACGCGAGACCAUGCUGGGUGACAUUGAUACGACAUGUCCCCAUCCCCUCUGCUGCUGUAGAUGUGGCCAUAGGGCACCACAGCCCCCAGCACCAAAAGCAUCAAACUGAGCAAUUUGGCCUCAUUUUGAGUACCCCCAGAGUAUCUUAGUUACACACUGGACAUUUUACAUGUGUUUUAGAGUUGCUGCAUUCUCUGUAAUACCAAGAAAGGUGUUUGCCACUCGAGACAGAAAACCUCUGUACAUUCAUACAAAUAUAUAUCCACACACACACUUCAGCCCCACCCGGGUCCUGUUUUCCUGCCAGGAUUGUGUAUUUCUUUAUUGUAAGAAGUGACUUGUAGCAGAAUCAGACUCUAUGUCAGCAUGACAGCUUUGGGAAGAUUAUUAG